CGGAGAGACAGAGUGAGAGAGGGAAGGGGCAUCUGUCUGCUGGUUCCCUGCCCAGAUGCCUGGACAGCCAGAAGCCAGGACCCUGGAACUUAAUGCAGGCCUCGCUGCCUUGUGGGUGGCAGAGGCCCCGCCAGCUCUCGUCUCGCAGGGUGCCCGUUAGCGGGAAGCUGGAAUCAGAAGCUGAGCCAGGACCGGAACCCAGGCAUUGGUGUGGAAUUCAGGCGACCGAUGUUGACAAAAACAUGAGACCCUAAGAAUUCGGAAAAUGUUAGCUUUUAAGCUAUUGCUGAGUGAUUUUUCUAAAUUAUCGUAUAAAAUCUUAAAAAUCUAAACAGUAAGAAACAAUGGAUGGGAGUCAAUCUGGAGAAUGAUUAGAAAAAAUCGAUAAGGCAAAUUUAUUAAAAAGAACGUGUUUGUGUCAUGUUUAAAAAUACAACAGAAGUGGUUCUUUUGGUAUUGUUUUGAGCACAGCUGAUUUUUAACAUUUUCUUUCAUAACACUCAGAAAUCAUUAACAAUUAUUUGCGUAUUCAUUUGGUAUGGGUUUUUGUUCUUUUUUGGUUUGUUUCCUUUUUGUUGCUUCCUUUUAACAUUGGUCAUGUUUCACCCUUUUUUUUAUCCCCCUGUCUGCAAUCAACUUCUUCAUUCCACUAAGGCUGGGCACAGAUUGGUGUUGGUGCUAGGAGAUCUGCACAUCCCACACCGGUGCAACAGUUUGCCAGCUAAAUUCAAAAAACUCCUGGUGCCAGGAAAGAUCCAGCAUAUUCUCUGCACUGGGAACCUUUGCACCAAAGAAAGCUAUGAUUACCUCAAGACCCUGGCUGGCGACGUCCACAUCGUGAGAGGGGACUUCGACGAGAAUCUGAAUUAUCCAGAACAGAAAGUUGUGACUGUUGGACAGUUCAAAAUUGGUUUGAUCCAUGGACAUCAGGUUAUUCCGUGGGGAGACAUGGCCAGCUUGGCUCUGUUGCAGCGGCAGUUUGAUGUGGACAUUCUUAUCUCAGGACACACACACAAAUUUGAAGCAUUUGAGCAUGAAAAUAAAUUCUAUAUUAACCCAGGUUCUGCCACUGGGGCAUAUAAUGCCUUGGAAACAAACAUUAUUCCUUCAUUUGUAUUGAUGGAUAUCCAGGCUUCUACAGUGGUCACUUAUGUGUAUCAACUAAUUGGAGAUGACGUGAAAGUAGAACGAAUUGAAUACAAAAAAUCCUAAAGUCAGGCCUGUUCUGAUGAUUUUUCUUUUUUUUCAUUGCCUUGUUUAAAUCAAGUAAUUAAACACUUAAAAGCCACACAAUUGUAUGACUUUUAUAAUAUUUUGCAGUGAAAUAUAACAUUGUCUUCUCUGUUAAUAUGUAAUUGCUCUAAGUUUCUUGUAAACUAUAAGAAUAUAUUUAGUUUACAAUAUAUGAUUUCUAUGAUAACAAUGUCCACCACACAGUAAAUGGUCCUAUGUAAAGAAAAAUUACCCUUGUAAAAUCUUAAAAGUUGAUACUUGGAAACUUAUUACAAAAGUAGUGCAUGAAAAGAAAAAAUGUAGACUUCCCUGUAUACAUUUUUCUCUUCCUUAGUAAUAAAUGUUUACCUUUCA